UUUCUCACCCGAGCUCAUAUAAAGCACGUCCACGCCACAGUCUUCCUGUUUCUCGCGCGCGCUCCCGUCUGUCAGGCAUUCUUGUCUCACGUGUUUGCUCUGUAUAAAAGGGGUCUCACUGUCCUUGCUGCAACAUGUCCAGUGUAUCACCCGACAAACGGAGAAAGAUGGAGACUGCAUUGAACCAGCUGAAGAAGUUCACAGUGGUGGUGGCCGAUACCGGGGAUUUUAACGCCAUUGAGGAAUACAAGCCUCAAGAUGCUACAACAAACCCCUCUCUCAUCCUGGCUGCUGCUAAAAUGCCAGCCUACCAGAGUCUUUUGGAUCAGGCUAUUAAAUAUGGCAUUGCAAAUGGCGGAACUGAAGAAGAGCAGGUCGCCAACACUAUGGACAAACUCUUUGUGUCUUUUGGCUUAGAGAUUUUAAAGAAGGUACCAGGGAGAGUCUCCACUGAGGUGGAUGCCAGACUGUCUUUUGAUAAAGAUGGAAUGGUUGCUAAAGCGCUGAAGCUAAUUGCUCUGUAUGAAGAGGCUGGCAUCGGUAAGGAACGUGUUCUCAUCAAACUGUCAUCUACAUGGGAAGGAAUCCAGGCUGGAAAGGAGCUGGAGGAGAAGCACGGCGUUCACUGCAACAUGACCCUGCUGUUCUCCUUUGCACAGGCUGUGGCCUGCGCAGAAGCAAAAGUCACACUUAUCUCUCCCUUUGUUGGACGCAUUCUCGACUGGUACAAAGAGAACACUGACCGCAAAACCUAUGAGGCACAUGAAGAUCCAGGUGUGGUCAGUGUGACCAAGAUCUACAACUACUACAAGAAGUAUGGCUACAGCACAGUGGUUAUGGGCGCCUCCUUCAGGAACACGGGAGAAGUCAAAGCUCUGGCAGGCUGUGACCUGCUCACCAUCUCCCCUGGGCUGUUGGCUGAGCUCAGCCAGGACCACAGCACUGUCACAGAGUUGCUGAAUGAAGAGAAAGCCAAGGCUUGUGAUCUGGAGAAGAUCCAUCUAACUGAGGGAGAUUUUCGCUGGCAGCACAAUGAGGACCGCAUGGCUGUGGAGAAACUGUCAGACGGCAUACGAAAGUUUGCAGCUGACGCCAUCAAACUGGAGUCCAUGAUUAAAGACAAGAUGUUCAGUGCGAAGAACGGCCAGUCAUAGACUGAAAUACACUUUCUACUGCGUUGAAAGAACACCUGAUGGAGGAUUUUGAAUCCUGUCCUGGUCCUCAGUGACUAGGUAGAAGGUCCAAAGGUGACAGAAGGCCUUUCCUCCUCCUCAGGCACCAGCAACCUUUCCUCUCCUGGGUUGGAAUUGACCAAAUAGUAUAAAUUAAUACCAAGAUUGAUGUGAGGUUGUUGUAAUUUAGUCUUACAAUAACUAGAAACAGAGCUUCCUCCUAAGAAUUUUCGUUACGUCUCCUUGAUCAUGACCAUGUGUUCUAAAUGUCCGGCACCAGUGACAGAUUUGUUACAGACUCUGACCAACACAAAACUGUGGCAUCAUUCCUUUACAUGUCACAUUGUUCUCUUGAAUUUCCAAUAAACUCUAUCUUGGGUGUG